AUGACAAGUUAUGGUGCCAAAAGUGAUACUGUUUAUGGAUUGGUAAACUUUUCUGUAACUCCAAGACAAUUUUACUCCGUUUUCGAUAAAGGAUGGAUUAAUGGACAAAUAAUCGAUGCUUAUUCGACAACAUUUAUGACAAGUUGGAAAAAUAUAACCUACAUUCCUUGUGAGCUCACUUCUGAUGUUUUGGGUGACUUUUGGAAAAAAAGAAGAAGCCAGAAAAGGCUAAUCCAUAAGAUCCCUGCAGAACUUGGCGACAUCAUUUUAAUGCCUUAUCUGCUUUGUAGUCACUGGCAAUUGUUGGUAGUGAAUAUACAGGAUGAAAGUGUCAUGUUAUACGAUCCCUUUGCGUUACCAUUAGAUGAAACAUACUUAGACGCGUUCAAAAAAUUCAUUGGUGAGUGCGAGAAGGUAAGUAGUUUUAGUAAACUAGCAAAACUAAAUUGGAGCAUUAAAAAACCACCAGUCAAGCGGCCGUAUCAAACUGAUGACUACAAUUGUGGAGUUUACGUUAUGCAUUAUAUCGAGUGUCUUUAUAAAAACAUUCCACUAGGGAAAAAACUCGAUACACAAGAUAAGCGUUUACAAAUAAUGGCUGAACUACUUAAGAAAUCUGAGAACUUACGUGAUAAAUGUGUAUAUUGUGCUAGGGAACUUUUAUAUGAAAAAAAUGAAAAUACAUGCGAAAACUGUAAGCGCUCGAUCCAUCUCGGGUGUUUAAUUAAAGAUCAGUGUGAUACAGAUGAUGAGGAUGAAUCAGAAAUCGCAAGAACUGCACUUAAAAAACAAAAAUAUAUAAAUUUGGGAAUAUUUAAAUGCAGAAUUUGCAAACGAUUGCCCGAACUGACGUAG